AUAGAGACCAGACUUUUAUAUGCCAGAUGUGUCAUGCAAAACUAUGGAAAGAUGAAUUUAUUAGAAGGAACAAAAAAGUAAUACAUCUUAUUCCUUAUGUUGUGGUUACGGCAAAGUUGAGCUACCACCCUUAAAAGAAGCACCUUCAUCUUACAAAAAUCUUUACCGUUCCGUAGAUUCUAAAAGCAAAUACUUCAUGAAGAACAUUCGACGUUACAAUUCAAUGUUUUCAUUUACAUCAAUGGGAGGCAAAGUUGAUUCAUCUAUCAACACAGGCAACACAUCAUACAUAUUCAGACUUAGCGGUCAAAAUUAUCAUAGUAUGGGAAGUCUUCUACCUACAGGUGGAUCAAGACCAAAAUUCUGCCAGUUAUACAUAUAUGAUACGGAGAACGAGAUUUCAAAUAGAUCGACAAGUAUUGGUGGACCAACAAGUGCUUCUACAUCAAGUUCAAGACCAUAUGAUCUCCAGAUUAUAGAAUUUUUGAAGGUUAUGUUAGAUUCAAACAAUGCGUUGGUCAAGUUUUAUAGGAUGGUAAGAGACAGUCUUCAUGAAAAUCCUGGCGCUAAUUUGAAGUUAAGACUAAUCGGAAAAAGAGAACAAGAUGGAAGGACGUAUAACUUACCAACUUCUUCUGAGGUAGUUGCUUUAAUUGUUGGUGACAUUCGUGACUCAAUUGAAAAAAGAGACAUCAUUGUUGAAACCUCAUCAGGAUUACUAAAGCGUAUCAGUGAAUUACAUCCUUCUUCCCUUGCUCUUCGGUAUCCAUUACUAUUUCCAUAUGGUGAUGAUGGUUACAUAGUUGGCAUCCUUCAUAGAGGUAUUACAUCUUCAAGUAACAGCAAGCACCCAACAUGUACGAUGAGAGAAUUUUUCGCUUACAGAAUUCAAGAUAAAGAUCAAUCGUUCUCACUACUUCUUAAUGCAAAAAGGUUGUUCCAACAAUUUUUAGUUAAUGGUUAUACCAUGAUUGAAAGUGUGCGAUUAUUUUUCAAACUUAAGCAACAAAAAAUUCUUAUAUGUGAGUCUUAUGAGAAUUUGCGUAAUCAUCAAGCACAUGGGAGUACAUAUAUCUCAGACGUUGGGCAACGUGUGAUCUUACCUUCUUCAUUUACUGGUGGUGCACGUUAUAUGAUGCAAAACUAUUUGGAUGCCAUGUCGCUAUGUAAAUGGUUUGGAUAUCCAUAUUUUUUUCAUUACCUUUACGUGUAAUCCAAAAUGGCCAGAAGUUCAAAGGUUUCUUAAGGACACUCCACUUCAUCCUGAAGAUAGACCAGAUAUAUUAUGUAGGUUAUUUAAGAUUAAGUUGGAUGCAUUUAUUAAAGAUUUAAGGGAAAAUGAAAUUUUUGGCAA